AUGAUGUCUCGUGUGUUGUGUUUUCUCGCUUUGCUGUUGAGUGUUGUCUCUUUGUGUGUGACAGCUGAGGCGACUACUUCUUCUUUUAAAGAUGCUUCUGGUGUUCCUUGCCCUGACGGUCACACUCAUUCUGGUGAGGGUGAAACUUGCAAACGUGCUGCUGGUGGCCCUCUUCAACAACCACCUCCUCCUCCGGGUCCACCACCACCACCUGGUCCUCCUCCUCCUCUUUCUGGUGGUGAUGAUACGUGUGCUACGGGUACUAAUUGUAAAGCCGGCCAUAGUGAAUCUGAUCCUUCUAGUCCUAAUUGUGAGAAGUCUACUGAGUCGGAAGGAUGCAUUACCAAUGGUCACAAGACUGAAGACAGUUGUCGUGAUGGAUCUGAUACACAUUGUACACACUCACUACAGGAACCGGUUCGAACUACACCUAAUCCUCAAGGAGAUGGCCAGGUACCUGGUAACCCAGGUUCAAUUGGUGUUUCUGGUAAACCCGGAGAAACUAAACCUGGUCAUCAAGACCCUGCACAACCUCCUACAGAAGAAGAUAAUAAACAAUCUACUCCUCCUGCACAAGCUCCUGAUGGAUCAGUUACUCCUACAUCUCCUUCUGUUGAAGAGUGUGUUGAUGUGCCUACAGCUGAAGGUGGAAGUGAAACAGCAACACAACCUUCUCCUUCUCCCAGCACUUCAGCCACAGGAAGUUCCGGUUCUGAUGCUACGGCGACUAAGAAUAAUACUUCAUCUGCAGAGAGUGAAUCGAAAAACAACCAAAAUGAAGAAGGUGUUACAGGAAAUACAGAUACAAGCACCACCACAACUACAACAACAACACUUCCUCCUGAACUCACAAACAACAAGAAGGGUGAAGCAGACAGCAGCAGCAGUAUGAGCAGUUCUGUGUGGGUGCGUGUACCAUUACUGAUUGUGGUUACACUGGCCUGUAUUCUUGUGUGCUGA